AUGCUAAUACUCGGUUUGACUGGGGGGAUUGCAACAGGCAAAAGUACAGUAUCAAAACGACUGAGGGAUCAUUAUCAAAUCCCAGUUAUAGAUGCAGAUGUUGUUGCUCGAGAGGUUGUCGAGCCCGGUACACCUGCUUAUCGCGGUAUAGUGGAUUACUUUGAAAGCAUUACCCCUCACCUGCUUAACGAGGAUAAAACGCUCAACCGAGGUGCCUUGGGACGGACUGUUUUCGAAAAUGAACAGCACAGAAAAAAACUGAACUCAAUCGUUCAUCCAGCUGUACGUAAAUCAAUGGCAUUACAGGUGUUGAAAGCCUGGCUGACAGGCCACUCAAUUUGUGUUCUUGAUGUGCCGCUUCUAUUUGAAUCAAAGCUGGACAGGUUCUGUGGUACAACUAUCGUCGUUUCUUGUGAUGAUGACAAGCAACUGAAGCGGCUUCUUUUACGGGAUAAAGAGCUCACAGAGACCGAUGCGAAGAACCGGAUGGCGAGUCAAAUGAGAGUUCGAGAUAAAGCUAAGCUUGCAGACAUUGUUAUUGACAACAAUGGGACCAUAGAUGAACUUUACUUGCAGGUCGACGAAGCAAUCAACAAGGUUAGGCCUUCAAAAAUCAAGACGCUUCUUACUCUAUUACCGCCCAUCGGACUACUGUUUGCGGCAAUCUCUUAUUUUUCGCGUUAA